GUUGCUCUCUCUCCGUCUCCCAAACAACAACCAUAAUCUAUUCCAUCACCACCACCUGCAUUCACUCCUAUCCCUAUCGCCAAAAUUCCUCACUCACAAAAUCACCUGACCUCCACUCCUCCACCCUCCAAUCUGUCACAAUGACAGAAUCACCGGGUUCCCCCCUCUCCUCCAUCGCCUCCGACGAGGACAUGUCGGACCGCGACGACCUCAAGCAACCCUUCUCCCCCUCCGGCUCCGUCACCAACUCCAACAUGCCCCCCUCGAAACGCCGUCGCACCGGCGCCGUCACCUCCUGGGACCGUGCCACCCCGGUCUCGACCACCUUCCCAGACGACCUCCCGCCGCCCUCGCCCUCGACCUCCAUCUCCUCCGACACCUCGGGCGAGAUCCCCAACUCGCCCGGCACGUACGCGCUGAUCGGCGGCAGCAUCGACGACGACUACAGCGGUCAGGCCAACGACCAGGUGACCGUGUGCCGCUGGGACGGGUGCGACGCCGGCGAUUUGGGCAACAUGGACGGACUGGUCAAGCACAUCCACGACGAGCACGUCGGCAGCCGGCAGAAGAAGUACUCGUGCGAGUGGGCCGACUGCAGUCGGAAGGGGCAGACGCAUGCCAGCGGCUAUGCGUUGCGCGCCCAUAUGCGGAGCCACACCCGCGAGAAGCCGUUCUACUGCGCCUUGCCUGAAUGCGACCGCAGUUUCACCCGCUCCGACGCCCUGGCCAAACACAUGCGCACCGUCCACGAAACCGAGGCCCUCCGCCCGUCGGACCCCGUCCCCAAACACCACACCACCCUCGCGGCGGCGGCCGCGGUCGCCGCCGCCGCCUCCUCCUCGGCCGCGCCGACCCCGACGGGGACGCCGGCGGGCAAGGUGCAGCGCAUCAGGCUGAAGCUCUCGCAGCCCAAGGGCGGGGAGGAGCCGUUCGGCGACUACGGCGAGAGCGCGACCGAGGAGACGGAGGAGGAUCUGUCCGUGCCGCCCGUGGGCUCGGAGAAGGGGUUCGACGUGCACGAGCUGCUGCUCGAGGGGCCCCAGCUGUACCGGCUGCUGCUGCGGCAGAUCCACUGGGCGCGCAAGGAAGGCGAGCAGCUGCGGGCGGCCGGGGAGACGAUCCUGGGCAAGCGCAAGGAGGCCUGGUUGGAGAAGGAGGCGAUCUUCGAUGAUCUGGUCGAGGCGGAGCUGGGGCUGUUCCGCACGAUAGCCGGCCAGGAAGGGGCGCUGCUGGCGGGGAUGGAGCUGGAUCCGCCGGCGGCGGAGGGGGAGGCGCAGCCGGAGCCGCUGGAGUCGACGGAGGGGGUGGAGGUGGAGGUGGAGGCGGAGGUGGAGGUCAAGGAUGAUUCGGAGGCUGUUCCGUCGUGA